CAGCUCCGUGACCCUCAAUUAUAUUUCACAUUUCCUCCACUUUUUCAUCAAUUUUAUCGAUUUUAUAAAGUGAAGAGUGAAACGCCUUUUUAGUGUGUUCAUGUGCCCCGCAAGGAGUAAUUCUUAACCAGGAGGUGAACGCACCAGCAAAUAAAAAUGUUGAUAAGAGCAGUAGCGGCCGGUUGGGUCGCCGUUCUCCUGUGCCAUCUCCAACUAACGAAUGCUCAGGUCUCCAAUGUCUUCACAUGUCCAAACGGAUGGGAGCUCAAGGGAAUUUACUGUUACAAAUUCUUCAAUAUCAGGCACUCAUGGGAAAAAGCCGCUGAAUUAUGCAGAAGGUACGGCAGCGAUCUCAUGGUUGUGGAAUCCUACAUGGAGAACAAUUUGACCUCGGGCAUGAUUGGAAAACACUUGGAUCGUUAUUGGCUGGGUUUAGCAUCUCUAGAUGAUCUCCGCACAAAUACCCUGGAAUCGGCGGCGGGAAUGCUUGUGUCCCAGUACGCUGGUUUUUGGGCAUCAAAGCAACCGAACCCAACGUCGGGCGAGUGUGUAGACGUCGCUGUGACCGAUGACCAGCAACAGUCGUGGGAGCUAACAACCUGUGAAUCACUCCUUCCAUUCAUGUGUCGGGCCUCAGCUUGUCCCUCAGGAUCAUUCCAUUGUUCCAAUGGCAAAUGCAUCAACUCCGCCUUUAAGUGCGAUAAGCAGGACGACUGUGGUGAUUUUUCUGACGAAAUCGAUUGUUCAAACAACUGCCAAUUCUACAUGGCAAGCAGCGGUGACGUUGUUGAAUCUCCCAACUAUCCCCACAAAUACACUCCCUUGAGUAACUGCAAAUGGACCUUGGAGGGGCCCCAAGGCCACAAUAUACUUCUUCAAUUCCAAGAGUUCGAAACUGAAAAGAGUUUUGAUAUUGUUCAGAUCCUUGUGGGUGGUAGAACGGAGGAGAAAUCCGUAAAUUUAGCCACUCUCUCUGGCAAGGAAGAGCUUGCCAACAAGCUCUUUGUAUCAGCCUCCAAUUUCAUGAUAAUCAAAUUCAGUACUGACGGCUCAGUUGAGCGAAAAGGCUUCCGAGCAUCCUGGAAAACUGAACCGCAAAACUGCGGGGGCAUUCUACGAGCCACUCCCCAGGGACAAGUUCUCACCUCUCCUGGAUACCCUUAUAAUUAUCCAGGGGGCCUUGAAUGUCUCUACAUCCUUCAAGCACAGCCCGGAAAAAUAAUAUCUCUCGAGAUUCAGGAUAUGGACUUGGAGAUGUACCGAGAUUACAUCCUAGUCCGCGAUGGCGACUCCCCAAUGAGUCGUCCAAUCGCCAAAUUGACUGGAAAAUCAGGGGAUAAUCCAACGGUGCUCAUGUCCACAAGUAACAAUCUUUAUCUGUAUCUGAAAACAUCUCUAGGAGACUCUCGAAGGGGAUUCAGCAUUAGAUAUACUCAAGGCUGUAGAGCCACCAUAAUUGCCCUAAAUGGCACUGUUCAAUCUCCCUCCUACGCUCUCAAUGACUACCCCAACAAUCAAGAGUGUCUCUAUACCAUAAAAAAUCCAAACAAUUCUCCACUAUCCCUCAAAUUCAUCAACUUCAAUGUCCACAACACUGAUUACGUACAGGUAUACGAUGGAAGCACUACGAAUGGCCUUAGACUCCACUCUGGAGAUGGUUUCACUUCCAAUACCAUUCCAAAAAUCACUCUGACAGCAGAGAGUGGAGAGAUGCUGGUAAGAUUCGUUUCAGACGCACUGAGGAGCUCAUCAGGAUGGCAAGCAACAUUCUCAGCAGACUGCCCGAUUCUUCUCCCAGGAGAUGGAGCACUCGCUAGUAACAGGGAUACAGCUUUUGGCACAGUUGUAACAUUCUCAUGUCCCAUCGGUCAAGAAUUUGCCACAGGAAAGCUAAAAAUUACAAGUGAGUGUCUGCAGGGUGGAAAUUGGUCGGUAACGUAUAUACCAAAAUGUCAGGAAGUUUAUUGUGGACCUGUUCCUCAAAUCGACAAUGGAUUCUCCAUUGGCUCUUCAAACGUCACAUUUAGGGGACUAGCCACUUAUCAAUGUUACGCGGGUUUUGCUUUCCCUUCGGGCAAGCCAACGGAAAAGAUUUCAUGUAUGGGAGACGGUCGGUGGGAGAAGAAACCCUCAUGUCUAGCUUCUCAGUGUGCUCCCCUUCCUGAAGCACCAAAUGCCAAUAUCACAAUAUUGAAUGGAGGUGGAAGAAGCUACGGUACGAUUGUUAGAUUUGAGUGCCAACCGGGAUAUGUCAGAACAGGACAUCCAGUUAUCCUUUGCAUGAGCAAUGGAACCUGGUCUGAUAUGGUACCCACUUGUUCUAGAGCUAGAUGUCCAGUUCUACCAACAAUAAAAAAUGGAUUUGUUGUUGACAAUAGUAGAGAUUACUUGUUUGGGGAUGAGGCGAGAGUGCAGUGUAAUCGGGGUUAUAAACUUAUGGGAAAUAAUAUUAUUUCGUGUGGGGCUGAUCAAAGAUUUGAGAAUGUUCCUUCGUGCGAAGACAUCAAUGAAUGCUCCUCCAGUCAAUGUGAUCUAGCUUCUACAGAAUGCAUUAACAUGCCUGGAGCUUUCUUCUGUAAAUGUAAAGGUGGUUUUGCAACUACAUUGGAUUGCAGACCCAUAGGAGAUAUUGGUCUUAUAAAUGGGGGAAUUCCAGAUGAAUCCAUUACAGUUUCAAGCUCGGAGAUUGGCUAUAAGAAAAGUGGAGUAAGAUUGAGCAGUGGAGACGGAUGGUGUGGCAAUAGUAUUGAGCCAGGAGCGAACUGGGUGAUGAUUGACAUGAAAGCUCCAAUGAUUAUUCGAGGAUUUCGAACUCAGGUAGUUGCCAGAACCGACGGCAAUAUUGCAUUUGCAUCUGCCAUUAGAUUACAGUACACUGACGAUCUAGGGGAUAUUUUCAGGGAUUACACUAAUCCUGAUGGAACUCCUGUGGAAUUCAGAGCUGUUGAACCAGCUCUCUCAAUUCUCAAUUUGCCGGUUCCAAUCGAAGCGAGGUAUAUCAAAUUCAGAAUACAGGACUACGUCAGCGCCCCCUGCACUAAACUUGAAAUUGUUGGUUGCACCAGGCUAGAGUGCACAGACAUUAACGAAUGUGCCAAUAAUAAUGGAGGUUGUCAUCAAAAGUGCGUCAACAACCCUGGUAGUUACUCUUGCAUAUGCAAUACUGGAUAUGAGCUCUACAAGGGAAAUGGCACUGCUGGAUUCAGCAUCGCAAAAUCUGAAACCGGAGAACGCGAUGGAGAUAUUUAUCAGAGAAAUAAGACUUGUGUUCCAGCUAUGUGCCCAACCCUUCCAGCCCCAGAUAAUGGCAAGAUUCUCUCUACAAAGGAACAAUUCCACUUUGGAGAUGUUAUAAAAUUCCAGUGUAACUUUGGCUACGUUCUCGUUGGAUCUUCCACUGUUAUAUGUACUUCUAGUGGUGUAUGGAAUGGAACCACACCAGAAUGUCAAUAUGCCAAAUGUGUUUCCCUUCCUGAUGAUAAAAAUGAAGGCCUAGCUGUUAUCAGAAGUGACGAAAGUAGCGUUCUAGUGCCCUUCGGCCAGAAUGUCACAUUAAAAUGUGGAAAUACUGGGAGAUCGUUGAGAAAUACAGCUACUUCCGGCUUCCGACAAUGUGUCUAUGAUCCUAAACCAGGUUUACCUGAUUACUGGUUAUCGGGCUUUCAACCGGCUUGUCCUAGGGCUGAUUGUGGACUGCCUCUACCAACUCCUGGUGCAGAAUAUGGACAAUACGCUGACACUAAGUACCACUCUCAAUUCUUCUUCGGCUGCCAGGACACAUUCAAACUCGCUGGACAGACCAAUAAUCACGACAAUGUUGUUCGUUGCCAGGCAAAUGGUGUCUGGGACUUUGGAAAUUUGCGGUGUGAGGGGCCAGUCUGUGAAGAUCCUGGUAGACCCAGUGAUGGCUUUCAAAUGGCAAGAUCCUACGAACAGGGAUCAGAAGUACAAUUUGGGUGUAGCAGACCCGGUUACAUCCUUAUCAAUCCAAAACCCAUUGUUUGCCGCAGGGAACCUGAGUGCAAAGUGGUAAAACCUCUUGGUCUUACCUCUGGUAAAAUUCCCGAUUCUGCCAUUAAUGCAACAUCAGAACGACCCAAUUACGAAGCUAAAAAUGUAAGAUUGAACUCCGUCACUGGAUGGUGUGGUAAACAAGAAGCUUUCACUUACGUAAGCGUUGAUUUGGGUCAAGUUUUUCGAAUCAAAGGAAUUCUUGUGAAGGGAGUUGUGACGAAUGAUAUUGUUGGACGUCCUACUGAAAUUAGAUUUUUCUACAAGCAGUCGGAGAAUGAAAAUUAUAUCGUUUACUUUCCUAAUUUCAAUUUGACUAUGAGGGAUCCAGGGAAUUAUGGAGAAUUAGCCAUGAUUACUCUACCAGAAUCGGUCCAGGCGAGAUUUGUUAUUAUCGGUAUUGUGAGCUACAUGGACAAUGCCUGUCUCAAAUUCGAAUUAAUGGGAUGCGAGGAUCCCGCUGUUGAGCCAUUGUUGGGCUAUGAUUAUGGCUACUCCCCAUGUGUAGAUAAUGAACCGCCACUCUUUCAAAAUUGCCCCCAACAACCAAUUAUGGUUCAAAAGGGGCCAGACGGUGGACUUUUACCAGUAAACUUCACUGAACCAACGGCUGUGGACAAUAGCGGCAGUAUAGCACGAUUGGAAGUCAAGCCCCAGAGCUUUAAAACUCCAAUAAGAAUUUUCGAAGAUACCGUUGUAAAAUACGUGGCUUUUGAUUAUGAUGGAAAUGUCGCUAUUUGUGAGAUCAAUAUCACAGUUCCCGAUGUGACUCCUCCAAAACUCAGUUGCCCGCAGAGCUAUGUUAUUGAACUCGUAGAUCGUCAAGAAAGUUACACUGUCAACUUCAAUCAGACAAGGAGAGACAUUAAUACAACAGAUGCAUCUGGUCCAGUAAAAAUAACUUACGUUCCAGAACGUGCAAUAAUCACCAUUGGAGGAUUUGAAAAUGUCACUGUUUAUGCUACCGAUUCAAGUGGUAAUCGAGCUUCCUGUCACUUCCAAGUAUCUGUUCAAGCAACUCCCUGCGUCGAUUGGGAGCUUAAACCCCCUGCUAAUGGCGGAUUAAAAUGUGUACCAGGAGAUAAGGCCAAAUCUCUCCAGUGUAUUGCUACCUGUCGGUCUGGUUACAGAUUUACUGAUGGUGCACCAACCAAAUCAUUCACUUGCGAUCCAGUGAGACGAUGGUCCCCUAUGUCACUCGUACCUGACUGUGUUUCUGAGAAUACUCAGCAGGCUGAUUAUCAUGUCAUUGCUUCGGUCACUUAUAGGGCCAAUGGGGCAGUUUCCAGGGGUUGCCUCCCGCAGUAUCAGGAUCUGAUGGCUCAAUACUAUAUGGGACUUAAUAAUAUUCUCACUCAGAGGUGUUCUGCUGUCAAUGUCAAUAUGAAUGUCUCGUUUAUCCGAUCAAUACCAAUUCUCGUUGAAGAGAAUGUUCUUAAAAUGGAUUUUAUCCUUGUCAUCGUACCAGCAGUUCGUUCCACCCAGCUUUACGAUCUAUGUGGUUCCACUCUAAGUCUUAUCUUUGAUCUCUCGGUACCUCAUGCAAGCGCCGUUAUUGAGCCCUUAUUGAAUGUAUCGGCAAUUGGCAAUCAAUGUCCACCACUCCGUGCUCUAAAAUCUUCUAUCAACCGUGGAUUCACUUGCAGUAUAGGUGAAGUUCUCAAUAUGGAUACCAAUGAUGUUCCAAGAUGUUUGCAUUGUCCAGCUGGAACAUUUGCUGGAGAAAAGCAGAAACAAUGUACAGCAUGUCUAAAAGGAUUUUAUCAGAAUAGUGAUCGUCAAGGUGCUUGUCUUCGUUGUCCAUUUGGUACAUACACCAAGGAGCAAGGAUCCAAAAGCAUCGAUGACUGCAUUCCUGUUUGUGGAUAUGGAACGUACUCACCAACGGGUCUUGUACCUUGUCUUGAAUGUCCAAGAAAUUCCUAUACAGGGGAACCACCAACUGGAGGCUACAAGGAUUGUCAAACCUGCCCGGCAGGUACCUUUACUUAUCAACCAGCAGCGCCAGGAUUGGAUAAUUGUAGGGCUAAAUGUGCACCUGGUACUUAUUCAGAUACUGGAUUAGCUCCUUGUGCCCAAUGUCCCAAGAACUUUUACCAAGCCCAGCAUGGGGCAACAACUUGCAUGGAGUGUCCAACAAAUAUGUAUACUGAUGCUGCUGGAUCAGUGGGAAGAGAAACUUGCAAGAUAAUUGCAUGUACAGAUAAUGUCUGUCAGCAUGGAGGUCUUUGUAUUCCAAUGGGUCAUGGAGUACAAUGCUUCUGUCCUGCUGGCUUCUCUGGGCGUCGUUGUGAAGUUGAUAUUGACGAGUGUGCUUCACAGCCUUGCUACAAUGGUGCCACUUGUAUUGAUUUACCCCAAGGUUACAGAUGCCAAUGUGCUAAUGGAUACUCUGGAAUAAAUUGCCAAGAUGAAAAGUCAGACUGCGGUAAAGACACCUGUCCUGAACGAGCAAUGUGUAAAGAUGAACCAGGAUUUGGCAAUUAUACGUGUCUUUGUAGAUCUGGAUAUACUGGUGUUGACUGUGAUAUUACAAUUAAUCCAUGUACUGCCACUGGAAAUCCCUGCCAUAAUGGUGCUAAUUGCAUUGCCCUCCAACAGGGUCGAUUCAAGUGCGAUUGCCUUCCUGGAUGGGAAGGACAGAGUUGUGAGAUCAAUACUAAUGAUUGCGCUGAGAGGCCAUGUCUCCUUGGAGCCAACUGCACAGAUCUCAUUGCCGAUUUCACCUGCGAUUGUCCACCGGGCUUCACCGGAAAACGCUGUCACGAGAAGAUUGAUCUUUGCUCUGGAAAUCCUUGUUUGAAUGGUAUUUGUGUUGAUAAUCUGUUUGAUUACGAGUGCAUCUGCUUGGCCGGAUGGACAGGACCAGCUUGUGAAACCAAUAUCAACGAAUGCAUUGCUAAACCAUGCAAGAAUAAUGGCCAGUGUUUAGAUCAGAUUGGUGGUUAUACGUGCACUUGCGAGCCCGGAUACACCGGCCAACAGUGUCAGCAUACGAUCGAUGAUUGUGCAGGUGAACCGUGUCAGAAUGGUGCGACUUGCAUUGAUCAACUUGAAGGAUUUGUGUGCAAGUGUAGGCCCGGUUUCGUCGGGCUUCAAUGUGAGGCUGAACUUGACGAAUGCCUCAGCGAUCCGUGUAAUCCCGUUGGUACUGAUCGCUGUGUAGAUGUACACAACAGCUAUUUGUGUCACUGCCGAGAAGGUUAUACGGGAACCGGGUGCGAGAUUAAUAUUGAUGACUGUGCCUCGGAUCCGUGUUUCAAUGGGGCAACGUGCAGAGAUGAAGUGGGAGGAUUCAAAUGUCUCUGCAGUGAAGGAUGGACUGGUGCCAAAUGUGAGACCGAUGUAGGAAUGUGCAUGAAUCAUCCUUGUCAGAAUGACGCUGCUUGCGUUGACCUCUUUCAGGACUUCUUCUGCGUCUGUCCAUCAGGCACCGAUGGUAAACAAUGUGAAACUGCACCUGAGAGAUGCAUUGGCAAUCCCUGCAUGCAUAACGGACGUUGCCAAGAUUUUGGAUCCGGUCUCAACUGCACUUGUCCCGAUGAUUACACAGGAAUCGGCUGUCAAUAUGAGUAUGACGCUUGUCAAGCUGGUGCCUGCAAAAAUGGAGCUACUUGCAUCGAUAAUGGAGCGGGUUUCACCUGUACUUGUCCAUCUGGCUAUACCGGAAAGACAUGUGAAGAGGAUAUUGUGGAUUGUAAAGAGAACUCUUGUCCUCCUUCUGCCACCUGCAUUGACUUGACUGGAAAGUUCUUCUGUCAGUGUCCAUUUAAUCUCACAGGAGACGAUUGCAGGAAAUCCAUCCAAGUGGAUUACGAUCUGUACUUCACUGAUCCAUCGCGCAGUAGUGCCGCUCAGGUAAUUCCCUUCUUCACGGGAGCUCAAAAGAGCCUAACCAUUGCCAUGUGGGUCCAAUUUACCCAGAAGGACGAAGCUGGAAUAUUCUUCACUCUCUACAGUGUCAACUCACCUCACGUUCCCACAAAUCGUAGACCAAUGAUUCAGGCACACAGCAAUGGUGUUCAAGUAUCUCUAUUUCACGAUCUUCAAGACGUUUAUUUGCCUUUCCGGGAGUACGCAACUAUCAAUGAUGGACAAUGGCAUCAUGUAGCAAUUGUUUGGAAUGGUGAGAAUAGUGGAGAAUUGACCCUCAUAACUGAAGGACUAAUUGCUAGCAAAACUGAGGGCUACGGUAGUGGCAGAAAUCUUCCGUCAUACGGAUGGACUGUUCUCGGUAAACCCAGAAGUGAAUCCCCCAAAGGAUACACUGAAUCUGGAUUUCAGGGACAUUUGACGAAAGUACAAGUGUGGUCCAGAGCCCUUCAUGUUACAAAUGAAAUACAAAAGCAAGUGAGGGACUGCAGAACAGAGCCCGUAUUGUAUCCAGGAUUGGUACUCACAUGGGCUGGCUAUGAUGAAAUUGGUGGUGGAGUUGAGCGGGUAGUACCUUCACAUUGCGGCCAGAGGAUUUGUCCACCUGGGUAUGGAGGAAAUAAAUGUCAGCAGCUUGAAACUGAUAAAAUUCCUCCUAAGAUUGAGCAUUGUCCUGGGGAUCUUUGGGUUAUUGCGAAGAACGGAUCAUCUAUUGUCACCUGGGAUGAGCCUCAUUUUUCUGAUAAUGUGGGUGUGGUGAGGAUUCAGGAGAAGAGUGGACACCGAUCUGGUCAAACGCUUUUGUGGGGAACAUAUGAUAUAAGUUAUGUUGGUUAUGAUCAGGCUGGAAACUCUGCCAGCUGUAACUUCAAGGUGUAUGUGCUCUCAGACUUUUGUCCAGAGUUGGCUGAUCCUGUUGGAGGUUCUCAACAGUGUAAAGAUUGGGGCUCUGGAGGACAAUUCAAGGUCUGUGAAAUAUCUUGUAAUUUGGGCCUGAAAUUCUCCCAGCAAGUACCAAAAUUCUAUACCUGCGGAGCUGAAGGAUUUUGGAGGCCUACAAUGGAUCCCAGUCUUCCAAUUAUUUAUCCUGCUUGUACAGCAGCUUCCGCAGCACAGAGAGUCUUUAAAAUUAAAAUGAAUUUCCCAACGAGUGUGUUAUGUAAUGAGGCCGGUCAAGGAGUUCUCAAGCAAAAGGUCAGAAAUGCAGUCAAUUCCCUGAAUCGGGACUGGAAUUUCUGUUCCUAUUCAUUUGAAGGCACAAGAGAAUGUAAAGACCUGUCUAUUGACGUCCAGUGUGAUCAUAGAUCCAGAACUGUACGAGAGACCAAUACUGAAGAUAGUGGAACCUACGUAAUAUCAGCUGCUGUUCCAUCAGAACCAACGAGACAAGCUCGCCAAGGAAGUGACACCUACAAGGUGGAGAUAUCAUUCCCAGCGAUAAAUGAUCCUAUUCAGAAUACAAAUUCCAACGAGCGUGCGACCGUUCAGAGUCUUUUGGAAAAACUUAUUCUGGAGGAGGAUCAAUUUGAUGUCCAUGAUAUUCUACCGAAUACAGUCCCAGACCCUGCAUCACUGAUUUUGGAAUCUGAUUAUGCCUGUCCGAUUGGACAAGUAGUUAUGGCACCUGAUUGUGUGCCAUGUGCAGUUGGGAGCUUCUAUAACGAGGCACUGGGAAAAUGCGAGAUGUGUCCGAUUGGCACCUAUCAGAGUGAAUCCGGACAGUUAAAAUGCAGCAGUUGUCCAGUGAUCGCAGGUCGUUCAAGUGUAACAAUCGGUCCAGGUGCGCGAAGUGCAGCCGACUGCAAGGAACGCUGUCCAGCCGGUAAAUUUUAUGAUGAUACAGCAGGCCUCUGUCGCAGUUGUGGACACGGUUUUUAUCAACCAAACGAGGGCAGUUUCGCUUGUCUUCUCUGUGGUCUUGGCAAAACAACAAGAACUGCUGAAGCAGUCUCGCACGAAGAGUGUCGUGAUGAAUGCGGAUCUGGACAGCAACUCGCUGUUGAAGGCAAGUGUGAGCCGUGCCCGCGGGGCACCUACAGAACUCAGGGCGUUCAAGCAGCCUGCCAAGUAUGUCCGCUAGGCCGAACAACACCUAUUAUGGGUUCAGCAGCGAUUGAGGAGUGUUCUCUUCCAGUUUGCGAACCAGGCAGCUAUCUCAAUGGAACAUUAAAUGAGUGUGUCUCAUGUAAAAAAGGAACUUACCAAUCAGAGCCACAGCAGACAUUCUGCAUCCCCUGUCCUCCCAACACAAGUACCAAGGGGCCAGCUGCCACCACCAAAACUCAAUGUACCAAUCCAUGUGAAAUGAGUGGAGAGGAUUUACACUGCGAUGCUAAUGCUUACUGUCUCCUCAUACCUGAGACCAGUGAUUUCAAGUGUGAAUGUAAACCUGGCUACAAUGGAACUGGAAUGGUCUGCACUGAUGUCUGCAACAAUUACUGUGACAAUGAAGGAGUCUGUUUGAAAGACUCUAGAGGACAACCUUCUUGUAGGUGUAGUGGAAGUUUUACCGGAAAGCACUGCACUGAAAAAUCCGAAUUCUUCUAUAUUACUGGGGGAAUAGCUGCUGGAGUUAUUUUGAUUAUUUUCAUUGUUUUAUUGGUUUGGAUGAUUUGUGUGAGGUCAUCUAAGAAGAGGGAGCCGAAAAAGAUGCUAUCGCCUGCUACUGAUCAAAAUGGAUCACAAGUCAAUUUCUAUUAUGGAGCACCUACUCCUUAUGCCGAAUCCAUUGCUCCAUCUCAUCAUAGCACUUAUGCUCAUUAUUACGAUGAUGAAGAGGAUGGCUGGGAAAUGCCUAAUUUCUAUAAUGAAACUUAUAUGAAGGAGAGUCUACAUAAUGGCGGCAAGAUGAACAGUUUAGCCCGCUCAAACGCUAGCAUUUACGGUACCAAGGAUGAUCUUUACGACAGACUGAAACGUCACGCUUACCCAGGAAAGAAAGAACAAAAUUUGUAAAUUUGUUGAUAGACAAGAGCGACAGUGACAGCGAGGGCCAGUGACCUCCAGAGAUGUUCACAUUUCUGAGAUACAAGAGAGACAGCGUGAGACAGGAUAUUUGAGAUUUAAUAAAUCCCUCAACAAUCCCUUGUUUUAUAUUAAUCAAAUUUCAAUAGCGAAGAACGACUCUGACGUCCUGGAGUAACGAUCGGUAAAUAAACCGAUUUUUACUUCGGCACUAGUCGACAAUGCAUUUUAUGAAGAAGAAAAAAAUUAUCAGUGUGAUUUUUCUUCUCAAGUGCAAAUCCAUUGACAGUAUGUCUGAAUGAUAUUGUGUAUGUAUAUGAAUAUUUUCCCCUUGUGUGUUUGUUAUUUUUGUAUUUAAAUAACACGUACAGUAAUUGCUAGAAGUGGGUGCGGCAAAUAACAUAUCAACUGAGACAAAAUUUUUUUUUUCAAAUUUUAUCCCAUGCCAUUAUCUCUCAAAAUCAUUUUACACUUCUACAGAUUAUGCAUAUCAUUUAAAGCGCCAAUCAUCACAUCAUUAGAUGAAAUUUAACUCUCAAUUUUUGACGGCGCGCAAGCCACAUAAGCGCUGUACGUAAUGAUUCUUUCAAUUUAUCUUAAGAAAAUUUUAUAUAUAUAUAUAUAUAUAAUUUUUGCUAUAUAAUUGUUACUAUACAUAUGUAUUUGUUUUGUAAUAUACUUGAUUAAUAAUAGGUAAUAUUAUUCAUCUAGGGAUGAAUAACGAAAAAAAGAAACAACAUACUGGAAUAAAUGUUAAUUUUAAUAUUUGUAAAAAAAAAAAAAAAA